GAAUGGUAGAGAGACACCCGUCUCUGCAGUGUGGUAGUGAGAUGAGCUGAGUGGAGGUGGUGGUGAUGAGAGAGAGAGAGAGAGAGGGACUGAGAGAGAGAGAGAGAGAGAGAGAGAGAGAGAGUGAGUGGGCGUGAGAGAGAGAGAGAGAGAGGGAGGGGGUCUACUGGUAAAGAGAAACAGCCGACCGAGGAGCCUCUGAGCCAGAGCAACAUGGCGGCUCCGGCCCUGGACGCCGCUGCCGCUCCGUCUCGCUGACCGACACUCCGCACCGAGCAGCGAUAUAUCCCGCACACCCGCACACCUCCAUGGCUUCUGAACUCUCAGAGAGGACUAAACGAUGAUGAAUGUUUACCCAGGAUGCUUUGCAUAUGAGGUGCUGAUAUUUGCUGAAGAUGAGUAGUGGGGGGGGAAACACCCCGGAGCCCCCCAGAGGGGGAGAGUCUCUGAAGAGGAAGGACUGUCAGUCAGACCUCCUGGGGCCCAGCCCUAAGAGGAGCACUGAGAGGAGGAACCGGGAGCAGGAGAACAAGUACAUCGAGGAGCUGGCCGAGCUGAUCUUCGCCAACAUCAACGACAUGGACGACCUCAACGUCAAGCCGGACAAAUGUGCCAUCCUCAAAGAGACGGUGAAGCAGAUCAGGCAGAUCAAGGAGCAGGAAAAAGCUCCAGUGGCUGACGCCGAGGAGGUGCAGAAGUCUGACGUCUCUUCCACAGGACAGGGUGUCAUUGAUAAAGACGCCCUCGGGCCCAUGAUGCUGGAGGCCCUGGACGGCUUCUUUUUUGUGGUCAACAUGGAGGGCAACAUAGUGUUUGUCUCGGAGAACGUCAGCCAGUAUUUGCGCUGCCAGCAGGAGGAGCUGAUUAACACCAGCGUAUACAGCGUGCUGCAUGUUGGAGAUCACGCUGAGUUCGUCAAGAACCUCCUGCCUAAGAGCCUGGUCAAUCAUCGCAGCAGUGAUUCGUCCAACAGGAACAGCCACACGUUCAACUGCCGCAUGUUGGUCAACCCUCAUGCCGAUGGUGAAGCCCGGCCGGCGUCUGACCAGCAGGACGCGUCGCAUCAGAAGUACGAGACCAUGCAGUGCUUUGCCGUCUCCGAACCCAAGUCCAUCAAGGAAGAGGGGGAAGAUUUCCAGUCAUGUCUCAUCUGUGUGGCAAGAAGAGUCCCUGUCAAAGAGAGACCUGCGAUGCCCACGUACGAGAGCUUCACCACGCGACAGGACCUUCAAGGUAAGAUCACGUCCCUGGACACCAGUCUGCUCCGUGCUUCCAUGAAGCCGGGCUGGGAGGACCUGGUUCGGCGUUGCAUUCAGAGGUUUCAUCUGCAGAAUGACGGGGAGAUGUCCUUCGCUAAGAAACACCAGCAAGAGGUGUUGAGGAACGGCCAUGCACUCAGCCCUCUGUACAGAUUCUCCCUGGCUGACGGCACCAUCGUCUCGGCUCACACCAAGAGCAAGCUGGUCCGAUCUCCAUCCACCAACGAACCACAGCUCUACAUGUCCCUGCACAUCCUGCAGAGGGAGAACAUGGGUGGCAUGAGCGCAGACACACCAGGCAGCCAGGGCGUGGCCAAGCCAAUGACCCCAAGCAGUGUGAGUGAUCCCUCCCCUUCACCUGAUGCCAGUGUCACCAGCAACACGCACCACUCCACCAUGACCUCCAGCACCCCUGGACGUGGUUUUGGGGCCGUAUCAGGUCGGGCGCCCACGCCUCAGGCACUCAAGCUGGGUAGCCCUUCAGCCCUGGGUAGCCCAAGUGUCACCUCAGGGGCCCAGGGUGCCAUGUUGUCACCUCGUCAUCGCCAGAGCCCCAGCAUGGCGGCUAGCAGCAGCUGUAGUAGCCCUCACCUCUCUCAACAUGCCCCUGGUUCUUUCUCUCCUGCAGCUGGAAUUCACUCACCAGCAUCCGUAUGCAGCAGCACUGGAAACAGUCAAGGGUUCAACUCCCUCAGUGCACUGCAGGCCCUCAGCCAGGGCCCCAGGGUUUCCCAGGGAUUCACCGAGGGGCAGCAUCCGGAGUCACCUGACAAAAAGCCGACUGGCCUUCAGAGCCCUCUUCACAGCAGCACUGGUAGCCAAAAAGCCAAGAACAAUCCCAGCUUAGAGGCCGACUUAUUGGGAACUUUUGGGGAGCAGCAAGACUCGCCGUCGUCCCCAAACCAGGAGGGUGAGCAGGAGAAAGACGGCGACCCUGACAACUUCGAAGGUGACGGAAGCUUAGGGGAGCUCAGCGACGCCCAAAAUCGCCUUCUGAACACAAAAGGGCACACUAAGCUGCUCCAGCUCCUCACCACCAAAGUAGAGCCCUCUGAUCCUUGCUCAUCACCCCCCCUGGGGGACGACCAGAACUCUAAGGACCAGCUGGGCGGGAUCGGGGGUGCGGGUGGGGCCGGGCAUAACAACCACUCCACCUCGCUAAAGGAGAAACACAAGAUCCUCCACAGGUUGCUGCAGAACAGCACCUCACCGGUGGAGUUGGCCAAGCUAACGGCCGAGGCUACCGGAAAAGACCCCAUUGGUCCAGAGUCGGCUUCAGGGGACAACAUGGCCGCCCUAGGUGAACUCUGCACAAAACAGGAGCCGGGGAGCCCCAAGAAGAAGGACAAUGCGUUGCUGCGCUAUCUGCUGGAUAGGGACGAUAACGGCGUCCUGGAUAAAGCCAUCAAGGUGGAACCCGGUGACGGACCCCAGCUGUCCAACGUGAAGACAGAAACACAGGAUGUGGGUUUCAACAUGGCGGACCAGACCAGUGAGCUGGAGGACCUGCUGGAGGACCUGCAGAGCGGCGGCAGCGGCCAGCAGCAGCAGCAGCUGUUUGCGGGCCAGCCACCAGUCAGAAGACCAGCCUCCUCUUCGUCCUCCUCUUCCUCUGCGCCGCCUGGUUCCUCUGUGGACAAGCAGAGAAUCAUCAGCGACAUCCUGCAGAUGACAGACAGCAGCAGCAGCAGCAGCCCCCCCAACCAGCACAGAGCCUUCCCUCCCAUCAGCCCUGCAACAGGCUUUAAUGGUGCCAGGCUGGGACAACCGGCUCGAGGUGCUCUUCCAGUCAGAAGCACAUCUCUGGACAGCAGUAUGGGCCCCAACCCCAACGCUGGCCGGCCAUUUCCUCCUCAGCACAGGAACAACAGCCCCUACUCCCUACUGCAGCAACAGCAGCAAGGCAUGAUGGGAACCCACGCAGGCAUGGUCAACCAGGCUGCGAUGGCUAAUCCAGGCAUGCUGAAUAACGGGUCAAUGCGGGGCUCCAUGCAGCAGAGCUGGGGUCCCCAGGGGCCCAUAGGUGGUACUGCGGGGCCGAUGAUGGGCCAAGGGGUCGGACCAAGUCGGAUGGUCCCCAACAUAAACUCUGUACUGCCCACGAGAGGCCCACCUGGAUCCAGAGCCAUGGUCAACAUGCAGAUGAUGGGCAACGAGAUGGAGAUGGCCAGCCCCGCCUACCCUCAGCAUCAAGCGCCGCCCAAUCAGACUGCACCAUGGGCAAACCGAAUGAUAGCUGUGGAUCACUAUGGAAACCAAAGCAGGCAACCGUACGGCGUCCACCAGGAAGACGGGAUGCGGUGCUGCGGUCCAGGGCCUGAGGGCCAGCCAGAUGAAGGAGCCCUGCUGAACCAGCUGUGCUCGGUGUUGAAAGACUAUGAGGGUCUGGAGGAGAUCGACAAGAUGCUGGGGAUCCCGACGCUGGCUGGACAGGGUCCUAUGUCAGACCAGGACCAGUACCUCGGCUCCUCGGACCCGGCGGCCAACAUGAAGCCUCUCCUAUACAGUCAACACUACGGUGGCCCACCAGGUUAUGGCGGCAUGCCUCCCGACGGUGGGUUCCACAGCCCCUCUGUGAGCGGCCACAUAGGGCCACAGAGGAUGACGCCCGCUGGUUACCCCCCGAUGAUGAGGAUGCCCGGGAGCGUGGGGCCCAGGCCGGUAGGAAUGAGGCCAGGGGGGCCUAAUCCAGGAGUGCCGUCUCAGCCCAACAACCUGAGGCUCCAGCUGCAGUACAGACUCCAGGCCCAGCUGAACCGUCAGCCACUCCAGAUGAGCGGAGUGUCCAAUAUGAAUCUACCUCUCAGGUCUAAUGUACCAAACCAGGGAACCCUCAACGCCCAGAUGCUGGCCCAGCGUCAGCGCGAGUACCUCAGCAACCACCUACGCCAACGCCAACAGCAGCAGCAACACGUGCAGCAGCAGCAGCAACACAUGCACCAGCAGCGUGCCAUGAUGAUGCAGACUCAGGGCAUCAACAUGACCCCUAACAUGCCCAGCGGGGGCGCCGCUCCCACGCCGAUGCCCAUAGGUGGCACCAACCCACGGCUCCCACAGGGCAACCCGCAGCAGUUCCCCUACCCGGCCUCCAGCUACGGUACCGGCCUGCCCUCUCCUCCUCCACCUCCUCCUCCUCAUCCCGGCUCCUCCAGCCCCUUCUCCUCCCCUCUCUCCCCCAGCCAUCAUCUGGCUAGCCAGGGCAUGGUGGGAAAUGUAGGCGGGCAGUACAGCGGUGUAAUGAGUCCUCCAUCACAGCACAGUGCCUACCAGUUCAGCAGUUCAGGAAUGAGCCAGCAGCAGCAACACCAGGAUCCCGUGUCAGGUUUUCCAUGUGGGGCUGCGACCCCGCAGAGCCCCCUCCUGUCCCCCAGGAUGGGGCAGGGUCAAAGUCCCAUGCUGCAGCAGAACCAGGGCCAACCCCAAAGCCAGCCCCAGGGUCCGAACCAGAGAGGACCUCCGGGCUACCAGCCGAGCACCGGGUGGCCCCAACCUGCCAACAUCUCCACCAGCAGCAGUUUGCCUCCAUCCAGUGUGUACCCUCAGCAGUCCCAGUCCCAGUACUCCACACAAGCCAACGGAGGAAUGUACAACAGCAACAACAACAUGAACCUGGGAGUCAUGGCCAGCAAUGGUGGCAACUUGAACCAAAUGUCAGGACAGAUGAGAUCCAUGAAUACAGAGCAGGUGAGGGAUGGCAGCCUGAUCCUGGAGCAGCUGGCGGGGAUGGACAUGUUGACGCAAGAGGGUGAAGCCAAUUCUAAUUUCUGCUGACCCCGGCUGUGGUUGAGAUGAAGGUAACACAUGCAAAAACACUGACGCCAACUCAGCUCAGCUCACGGAGCAUCAAGGACACGUGAUGGAAACACGGCUCCCUCUGUCACACCAGCCAACACUGAGGCACUAUAGGGAGAGGACAACCAUAUAUAGUGUAUAUGAGAGAGUACAUGUUUGUGUGCACGGUUGAGUGUGAAACUGAAACAACAGGUUGACACUGGAGAAGUGAAUAGUUGACGAAUGAAGCCUCUGGAUUUGUAUCUUUUAUGGUUCUUUUUUAGAGCCUGACUGAAAACGUCAAAAUGAGAAGGUUUAUGAAAAAAAUAUUUUACAGGUAUUUAUAGUUUUGAAGAAGUUUUAGAGAUUAUUUGUAUGACAGAAAAAAAAAAUCAAGGAUAUCUUUCUUUAAGAAGAUCUCUCAAAAAUGGUACAUUUUGAUUUUAAAAUUAAUAUAUUUCAACUGCUGUAGUUACAGGGGAGCUGUAUCCCUAUUUAAUGACUCUUUGAAUGAAAGUGAAUGUGUAUAGAUAGUGUACAUACUUAGAUUUUAAAUACCCCUUUUCCUCUAUGUGGUAUUGCAAAACAGCAGUUUGGAGUUUUAGUCCAACAAACAGAGAGCAGAAAUAUGUCAUUGGUUGUGAAACCUCAGUGGGAGGAGCUAAAGAACCACAAGAGUGAAAGUCAAUUCAUUGUAAAAUCUUGUCUGGUCAGCAUGCUAACUGGCUUUCCUUGCUAGAAAUCAGCUAGCUGUAGCUAUUUUGAAUUUGAAAGAUCAGCUAAGGUAACUACCUAGCCUAGCUGAUCUAGUAUCUGCAGCUUGAAGCGUUGCGAUUAAGUAGCAAAAUGCUUCAAUUCAUCAUAUUUUUCCUAGCAUUUAGCUCUUACUUUUUAGCCAUUCUAGCUGCGAUAUGUCGGCCGGUCCGCCAUUUUGGUGCAUAGAUCGUCAUAAUUCCCCUACAUGAAAUGUAAUAUCUUUGAUUCCCCCCUGACUUUUCAUCC